UAGGUAUCAUUGAUAAAUUCUUAAUCUUGAUUUUAGUGACUAAUCAUUUCUGUUUCAGUACCUGUGAACAUCUUCAGAUGUUGAAGAAUGCCAGGCUUCAGAAUAUACAAGCAUCUAUGGAGAAGAGAGCCAGUCUGAAAAUCACGGGGAAUCACAAAGGUCUCAAGGUGAGGGAUAGAUCCCCUCUACAGAAUUCUAAGAUUAUGAGUGCCAGAAUUGAACCAAAGAAAUGCCAACCAUCCUUCGACGAAAUUGGGCUCAAAAGGUUUGGAGAAGGGAAAGUUGAUAAAAAUGAUAGUUUCCUUAAAUUUCAGGCCGAUUUGUUAUUAAGUAUCAAACUUCUUGUUAAGAAUGCUACAAGAGGAUCUAUAAGAGUAAAUCUCUCCAUAAAGACUGCCAAGAGACGUACUUCGAGUCUGUUGAAUAUAAAAUACAACGAAAAGGUCAAGAAGGAGUGUGACGAUUUGCUAAAUCUGUGAUUAUUAAGAAUAAGAAUGAAUUGAAGUAGUAAGAGAUCUUUAAUUCAUCCAUAACAUUAAAAUAAGACUGAGAUUAUUUAAGUUCUUUCAGACUAUUUCCUAAAAAUACACAGUUUUGUUAUCCAAACCUUUUGAAGCUUAUUUCUAGCAAAUAUAAACUAUCUUCGUGUUAAAAUAAGAAGACAAAAGGUAGACCAUGGGUUUCUAAUGGCAAAUAUAAAUAAUUAUGUGGUUUCGCAAAGAUUGGAGGAGUUUAAAAGACAUGGUAAAGUUGAGUUCUGCAUUUAAAUGCUCAGUCUCUUGAGGGUCGUUUUGGGCUUAAGGUGGAAGAUUAAUACCUCUGAAGUUUCUCUCAAAACCGUGAGAAGCACUCCUUCCAUAUUGUUUUUCUUCACGCUCUGACUCUUUCCUCUCAUCUCUUUGUUGGUGAUUGACAAAUGCUCUUUUGUGAAUUCCUAAGCUUCUGUUAUAUGACUUGAUUUGUGGCUUCUGCUUUCCAAAACUGUGAAAUUCCUUCUUUUCAAGACUGUCAUUAUGGGGAUUAUUCUCGAAACGGGAACUUCUUUGGAGAGGAUCUCUGUUCGGAGAUUGACAAAAAUCUUGUUGUGGAGCCUUAGCAUUUAGCUGAUUAAGCCGAUCAGGGUUAAAAUCAUCAUUACUUUUGAGAGCAUCCUUGCUCAUGAAAAUUGGUUCAUAACUUGAAUAUUUGUGGGCUUGGUCGUACUUAUAUUCUUUUUGAGAAUCCCUAUAAUCUUUCUUAAGGUAUGACUGGUGAUAAUUAAUUUGUUCCGUUUGUUCUUCAUACAACUUUUUCUCUUUGAGACUAUCUUGAAGCUGCUUUCUUCUGUCUUCGAUAGGAUACUCAUCGAACCAGUGCUUGCCAACUGAUUUCACAGUGGGCUUAAGAUACUCUGGCUCAUCUCUUCUAUAUCUAUCAUACUGUGCAUAGUUUGGCUUGUCUACAAGAGGAUCUGUGGGUGUUUCUUGGGGUUGUUUUUGAUCUGACUCUUCAGACUUUCUU